AUGUCCCAGCGGAUCCACCUCAACCCGAACCGCGGGCAGCCUGCGUACGCGGCCCCUUCCUACAAUGCGGGAUACAGCCCUGACCCAAUCUCCACGUCGCGGCCCACGAGAUCGGACAACGAGGUCAUCGCCAAAAUCCAGGAAGUGUCAAGCCAAAUCGAAGAUGCGAUUGAGAUUUACUCACAGCCUAUCCGCCCAUGGGUGCCCGCCAUCGCGCGCUUCCUCAUUGUCGCGACUUUCCUUGAGGAUGCUAUCCGCAUCCUGGCCCAGUGGAGCGACCAGAAGUGGUACAUUGAGCAUCAGAGGGGCAUUCCCUGGGGCCUCAGCCACAUGUUCCUUCUGAUCAACGUUAUCGCCAUGCUUGCCGGUUCGAUUGGCGUCAUCGCUCGCCGCUUCCCAGAGUACUCGGUCGCGGCCCUUCUCUUCGUCGUUAUCCUCCAAGGAAUCGGCUACGGCCUCCUCUUCGACGUCUCCUUCUUCCUCCGCAACCUCUCGGUCAUUGGCGGCCUCCUCAUGGUCCUCUCUGACAGCCUCGCGACCAAGAAGAAGAUCUUUGCCGGCCUGCCCUCGAUCUCCGAGACCGACCGCCGCAAGUACGUCCAGCUGGCUGGCCGUGUCCUCCUCAUCUUCCUCUUCGUCGGUUUCAUCUUCCAGGGCAACUGGAGCAUCGGACGCGUGUUCGUCAGCAUCAUCGGGCUGGGCGCGUGCAUCAUGGUUGCUGUUGGAUUUAAGGCCAAGUGGAGCGCUUCGUUCCUCGUCCUCCUCCUCAGCGUGUUCAACGUGCUGGUUAACAAGUGGUGGUCCGUCCACCCCGCCCACCCCCAGCGUGACUUCCUCAAGUACGACUUCUUCCAGACGCUCUCAAUCGUCGGUGGUCUGCUCCUCCUCGUCAAUAUGGGCCCUGGCGGCAUCUCGGUCGACGAGAAGAAGAAGGUCUACUGA